AGCGCCGGCGGCCGCGGGAGGCGACAGCGCCGCUGCUCGGAGGCGCCGGGCCCUGUCGGGGCCGCGCGGGGCCCGGGCGGCAGCGCUGCGGGAGGAGGAGGAGGAGGAGGAACGUCCAUGCCGCCGGCCCGCCCGCGCAUGGAGCAGGAGGAGGAGGAGGCCAUGAACGGCGACCGCACCGACAGCGACUGGCAGGGGCUGGUGAGCGAGUACCUGGUGUGUAAACGGAAGCUGGAGAGUAAGAAGGAGGCCUUGCUAAUUCUCUCCAAGGAGCUGGACACCUGUCAGCAGGAAAGGGACCAGUACAAGCUCAUGGCCAAUCAACUCCGAGAGCGCCACCAGUCCCUGAAGAAGAAGUACCGGGAGCUGAUUGAUGGAGAUCCAUCACUUCCUCCUGAAAAAAGGAAACAGGCUAAUCUCGCACAACUAUUGAGAGAUUCUCAGGACCGAAACAAACAUCUGGGAGAAGAAAUUAAAGAACUUCAGCAAAGGCUUGGAGAAGUCCAGGGUGACAAUAAGCUCUUGAGGAUGACAAUUGCCAAACAAAGGCUUGGAGAUGAAGAAAUUGGGGUGCGCCACUUUGCAGCCCAUGAGCGGGAAGACUUGGUUCAACAGCUGGAGAGAGCAAAGGAGCAGAUUGAGUCUUUGGAGCAUGACCUGCAGGCUUCUGUGGAUGAGCUUCAGGAUAUUAAAGAGGAACGGUCUUCUUACCAGGACAAGGUGGAGAGGCUGAACCAGGAGCUCAACCACAUCUUGGGAGGGCACGAGAACCGCAUCAUUGAUGUGGACGCCCUGUGUAUGGAGAACAGGUACCUUCAAGAGAGAUUAAAGCAACUCCACGAAGAGGUCAACCUCUUGAAAUCGAACAUUGCCAAGUACAAGAAUGCUCUGGAGAGGCGGAAAAACUCCAAGGGCCAGGGGAACUCCAGCAGCAGUGCUUUGACAGGAGUCCUGUCUGCAAAGCAAGUUCAGGAUUUGCUGUCUGAGGAUCACGGAUGCAGCCUGCCAGCAACCCCACAGUCCAUUUCUGACCUGAAAUCUCUGGCAACAGCCCUGUUGGAGACGAUCCACGAGAAAAACAUGGUCAUUCAGCAUCAGAGGCAAACCAACAAAAUCUUAGGAAAUCGUGUCGCUGAGCUAGAGAAAAAAUUAAGAACUCUGGAAGUUUCUGGUUUGUGGAGUCUUCCAGGCCUGAGCUACAAUGUUUCAGUAGGAUUCGGGAGGGGCAAGGACGCCAUACUGCUCAGUGAUCCCACUCUUCCCACCACGCAGAGGUCAAGAUCCCCACUGCUGAAGUUUGCUGAGCAGCCCGCAGAGAACAAAGGGAACCCCAAGGACGCGGAGGUUCAGAAGCAAGAAGGAGAUGAAAGUGGUGCCGCUGCCGAGGCGUUGACAGCGCCCGAGGAUGCUGGGGGGCCCGCUGUCAACUCCCCAGCAAACGUGAGCCUCGGGAGCCAACACAAGCUCUUUCAUCCUUCAUUACCCCGGUUACCUUCUGAGGAAGAAGAAGCAAACAAGCUUGGAAGGGAAAUAAUUAAACUGACACAGGAACAGGCAGCUGCAGGACUGAAAGAGGGCAGAAGGCAGAGUCCCCUGGAGGGUCAGAGCAGCGAGAGGGGGCCGUCCUCCCCAGGCCUGGCCUGUACAGGGGAGCCCCCCAAAUCUCAGCUGGAUGCCCCUGAGUCCAGCCAGCCAGCGGCCGAAGCUUCCACACUGCAAGAUGGCAAAGGGAUCCCCGAGGGUGGCGGCACAAGGGGCCCCAUGAAAACAUGAAGGGGAGAGGAAGGCGACAGGGUGACAGACUGAAAGAAAGGCACAGGACAACAAGGAGUGACGUGUCACAAUAGCAUGCCCAAGUUGCUUUCUCCCGAAACACCUCCGAGUCUGCAAGUGAGAAAACGCUGUGUCCUGCUGCAAACUGUGACUAAUCUGAAGCUGCCAGGACAGUUUGAUUUAUUAAAUGCGGGUCCUCAAGCUUCUCAGUGUCAUCUCUUUCUGCUGAGACGCGCUGCUGUGAACGUGGCCGGGCGUGGGAACAGUGUCGACCGUAGUGCUGGUUUUCGGCAUGCGUCUUUCCGUCAGCAUUUGUUUUAUCAGAGAUAAGAUGUUUUCCUAUUAGCACUUAAUGUUGUUGAUCAAAAUUAUGGGAAGAACUAGGAACUGAUGGGGCUUUUGCAUCAGGCCCCUGUCCUGGUAAAGGUUCAGCGGCUGGAGAGGAAAGUGUAAUUGAGCAGGAGGGGUCAGGAGGCCCCACAGCUGUUCUCCACCACAUCAGGGCCCUGUGUGAUUGUCCCUGCAGGGUGGGACAACCCAGCAUGGGUGAGCUUGGCUUCCUGCCCACAGCACUGUCUGUCACAGCAUGGGCUGGCCGGUGGAAAGGGACUGAGCAGGCUGAGAAGGGGGGGCUUCUGGUCUGAAGUCCACAGCCCCUGCUGAGGCCAGCCUGCUGCCUGCCAGAGCUUGGUUUUCUAGCCUAUAAAUCUGGAGGAUUAAUUGAUCCGAAGUGAGGGAGGUGAGGUUCGCAGCAGAGAGGGUCUGGUUUUAUUUUUUGUUUCUGAGAUGAGAUCAGAGCUAGAACCUAGAGAUGCUGGUUGUCCCAUUUAACCUGUCCUGCCAAAAGGAUUUGAUUGGCCAUUUUAGGGUUGGGGCCAAUCUAGCUGCUUAGGGCCAGUCUAGUUUCCUGCACCACCUGAAACCUCCAACCCUUUACAGGUCCUGGGAUCUUUAAGACAGAUCACAGAGCUCAUGGCCCUAUAAGGGAACAAGGGAGGUAAGCAAAGGGACUUCAUUACAGCAUAGUAAAGGUAACUGUGGGGCCGAGUCUCAGGGUGGGAAAGGAGGUGUGGUCCAUCCUGUGGAAUAAAAAUUAGCUUUUCCGGGUGGCAUAUGGCAUGGCAGAAAUUUAAAAUGCCAUCCAACCACAAACCUUUCUUCGAGCUCAACUCAGUUUCCUUUCCCCAGGAAAGCCACAUACCCGAUCCCCAAGUUCAGAAUGCCUCUGGAACCGCUUUGAGAACCCUCCUGCAGGAACAAGAGAGGCUUCCAGGGUGGUAGAAAUUGAAAAUUUAUCCUAAAAAUCUAGUGUUUAUACCAGACUGGCGAUCCUAGGCCUGAUCCCCGCACACGAGGGGCAGUCCACACUCACACAUCCCUGCCAGGGUGUAUCUCUCAGCGGCCCUCUGCCAGCAGAAUGGAAGCCCCAUCACAUACUGUGCUGCCUCCGUCUGAAGGAGGACAAAGAAAAAGCAGAAGGACCCAGUCCACGGUCAGAUGUGCACUGCGUGGGCCUCCAGCUGCCUUGGUCACCAGGUCUAGCAAAAUGGGAGCAUGCUGGAGUCAGGGCCAUGUUGCUCCUAGUGAGGAGGACAGACCAUCAGCCCCUGCUCGCCGUCCCUAGUGUUCCCUUCUCCCCUGUGUUCCAGCCUGUCCACCACGACUUCCCCUCCGAGGAGACCGUGCCUGCAGCUGCAGAGCCCACACAGACCAGCAGUCACAGACAUAAUUCUCCUGCUGGGCUGGGAUUUAACUGUGUGCAAAUGAUUAGCAGGACCGCAUAGGAGGGCAGACCCGCCAAAGGAAAAGACAGCCAAAUUUAAUACAGUAAUAAUAGAAAGGAAAAUCUCACCCUGCAAAAUCUCUGGUUUUGACACACAACAGGUGUACAUCUUCAGGGCCCAUCCAUCACCUUCUGGAAAGCAGGGUUUAUGAUAAACUCCAACACAUUCCAUCAGGAUCAGCAAAACUGCAGUGAGUCCCAGAGUCUGGAGUCCAAGGCAAGGAGCAGGGUUCAUGGGCAGCAGUAUCCUAAACUUGCUGUGGGGCCCUUGUUAUUAGGUGGAAGGGGAGCCAGUGAGUUGGUCCUGUCACAAGCAUAACUGAGAACACUCUAUGGAAAUAUGUGACAACUGUCCCACCUCUGCUAUCACCAUCCAGCAUGGUUCUUCUGCUUCUCAGACAUUAAAGGGAGUUUCAAAAUUAUU